ACGAAGCAGCACUUAAUAAUGUGUCAUUGACUCCCUCUGUUCCAUAUCGCCAUCAGUAUCGCCGGGCAGCAGGCCAAAGCAUCAAACCAGCAGUCAGCCGCGCGUGUGAACAAUAUGGCCACUUCUGAUGACCACGAUUUCGAUUGCUUGACCAUCAAGGAGCUGGAGCAGCAUGCUCAGCAGCGUAUGGACAAGCAAACACGCGAUUACUACAACGAAGGCGCCGACUCAGGCUCAACACUCCGCGAGAACACCACGGCUUAUGACAAGUACCGAAUCCGGCCUCGUGUGCUCCGAGAUGUCUCCAACGUUGAUACGUCGGUCGACAUCUUUGGCUUCAAGAACAGCAUCCCGCUUGGCGUAGCCCCAACUGCUAUGCAAUGUCUGGCUCAUUCCGACGGUGAGCUAGGUACGGCCGGGGCGUGCAAGGAGUACAAUGUGAUCAUGGGCUUGUCCUCUUUUGCCACCAAAUCGCUCGAGGAGGUGGCAGAAGCAAGCGGAGAUAUUCCCAACGUUCUUCAGCUGUACUUGUUCGAGGAGAAGGAGCACAGCGCGAAGCUCAUUCAACGAGCCAAAAAGGCUGGCUACAAGGCUGUCUUCCUCACCGUCGACACUCCCUUCCUCGGCCGACGAAAUCUCGAAAUCCGAAACAAAUUCAAGCUUCCUCCGCACUUCAAAAUUGCCAACUUCGCCGACGAUGACCCAAUGCAGCCGGCAAACCAGGAGAAAGCACAGGAGCAGCGACCGCAGCCCCAAAGGCGGAAGUCUGAGGCAGGCUAUCACGAUGGCGAGAAGCGUGUGUGGCCCACUGGGCCCGUAACUUUCCACACGCAUGCUCCAAAUCCUACUCUGUCGUGGGAGCAGGAUAUUGACUGGCUCAAGAAGGAGUGUGGAAGCGAAAUGCAAGUAUGGGUGAAAGGCAUUGCUACUUCAGAGGACGCUAUUCUCGCACUGCAUCAUCAGGUUGAUGGCAUCGUAGUGAGCAAUCAUGGUGGCCGUCAGCUCAAUGGCGCGCUCGCUACACUUGACGCUUUGCCAGAGAUUGUCGAAGCAGUUGGGGGCAAAAUUCCAAUCCACGUCGACGGCGGUGUCAGGCACGGUACAGACGUGUUCAAAGCUCUUGCACUUGGAGCAGACUUUGUCUGGAUCGGACGGCCAGUCUUGUGGGGCUUGGCAUACAAAGGUCAGGCUGGAGUCGAGCUUUGCUUGAAACUGUUGAGUGAUGAGAUCAAGUUGUGCAUGGCACUGGCUGGCACCACCAGGGUGCAGGAUAUCACCAAAGAAUAUCUCGUGAAGAUGGACCGCAGCGGAUUCAUCUCACGCUUGUAGUACUAGACAGUACGACCGAGCGACGGUAGUGGCAGAGACGAAUUAGAGCAAUCGACGAUUCCGUGUAACAAUAGCAUUGACGAAUAAUUCGACAAGUCAUAUCUUGGUGGGGUGAUAUUGCAUGUGUCCGAAUUCUGCAUGAGGCCAACUGUUUUUCGUACAUUAUAAGGGAUUUCAGGUCUCUGUCUGACAGGCGCCGAUGAACUUCCCAGGCUUAUCGCAGGAGCUAGAAAAGUGAAAGCCGUACCCGCCAUGGUCUUUUGAUACUAGUCUCUCACCCCGAGCCUUCGAUCAGCACUCUAAAAGGCCACCUUCUCCUAGCGCCCGCCCGCUGUGUUGGUCUCAGAGCCCUCAGCGCAUCGCACUGGGGUCGCGAGAUCCGCGAAUGCAUUCCGAAGCUCUGCGACUGUAGCGCGCAGCUUACCAGAGGCUUGUCCGAAUACAGCAGCACCAGCUGCUCACAAUUGCGGCAUGCCCCAUCUGGUCAAAUUGCUUAUGAUUGUGAGAAACUUGUUUGGACACUUCUUUGGCUUCA